GUAAUCGAGGCACAGGCGUUGGAACGACGCGAGGACGAUGCAAGUUGUACUUCGCAUUUUGGCAUUUGCACACUUGUCGCUCGCUGCACGACUCGUGUGCUGCAUUUCUGAGGAUCACCAGUAGCAAUAUGGGUGCGUGUACGUCUCGCGACGCUAACCGGUCUCCUCGGCGGCUCAACAAGUGGAAAGUGGAUGAGGAGACCCCAACUGUCGUCGACGGAACCGCUUCAACUCCAACAGGAGCGGAUGACCAAGCUGCUGCUGCUACUCCAAGCGGAGAAGAACAGGAGAGCGACUUGGCGCUGAACUGCGUCGCGUACAGCUCGUUCUUGGGUAAUGACUGCCUCACUGGGUGGGAGGACGGCUCCAUCCAGCGGCUCAAUUGGCGCACGACUGCCAGCGCUCCUGCCAAUGUCUGGAAACCGCAUACUCGCGCAGUGAACCGUAUCGUUAUUGGAGACAAACUACAGAUGGUUUACUCGUGCUCGCGGGACACAACAGUUGCCAUCACUCCUAUCACCGACAAGCCAGCGUCGGAGACGGCGACUGUACUGCGUGGCCACCAACUGAAUGUGUCGACGGUCGCAGUGGACGAUGCCGAGCAAAUGUUGUGCUCGGGAGGACGAGACACGCAGACGAUUUUCUGGGACUUGACAACGAGCCACAUUGCAGCCAAGAACACAACACCGCAAAACGUGGUAACGUGCUCGACGUGGUUGCCAGGCGAAGCGCUAGUCGCGCAAGGCAGUGAAGAUUUGAGUGUAAAAUUCUGGGAUCCGAGAUCUCCCCUACGCGUGCCUGCCCAGUCGCUACGUGGAUUUGUGUAUUUUCCGCUGAGUAUUGCAGCGUAUGGGGAGGGUGAUAAUACUUAUCUUCUGACAUCAAGUAAAGGAUUUAACGGCGUUGGCUGCGAGGCUCGAGUAUGGGAUCGACGUACUGGCAAGCAGGUUAUUGAGUUUCAAGGACAUCAGCAAGAUGCAACAGCGUGUUGUUUCCUACCGAGCAGUGCAGACAAAAGCGAAAACACUGAUGCUCUGUCUGUGAUCCCGGUGACGGCAUCUAAGGAUGGAACGGUGAAGGUGUGGGAUGCUGCUACACUCUCUCCACUGGCUGAAGCUCAUGCCGAUGGAGCCAAGCGGAUGUUCACGAGUCUAUGCAGAGUGGACAAUAGCACUCUUCUAGCAAGUACAUUUGGAGGUCAAGUCCUCGCAUAUUCACUAGAUCGUGAGAAGCGAACACUCGCAUUGAAACCUCGAACCGAUUAACCGUUACGUUAAAGCAGGAAUAGCUUUUUUCUAAGUGAAGAAAUAUUUAGACACGGCACUAGAAUUCCUUACAAUCUCU